GGCGCCUCGUUGCUGCAGGAGAAGAAGAAGUUCCUCCCGGGCUCGGGGCAGCAGCAGCAGCAGCAGAACACGACGGACACGACGGUUCCGAACAAACACCGACACUCUGCGAUUCGACCGCCUCCGAUUCCCCACAGGUGAAAUCUGAUCGAGUUAGAAACUCUGUGAAUCUGCGUGGACUCGUUCUCCUCCACGUCGUCGUCACGUUCUCGCCUGACUCGAGGAAGGCCGCCAGGCCUCGCGCGGGCUAAUCGCCAUGAGUUACGGUCGGCCUCCGCCGGAUGUCGACGGCAUGACUUCGUUGAAAGUGGACAACCUCACGUACCGAACGUCCCCGGAGACGCUGCGGCGGGUGUUCGAGAAGUACGGCCGCGUCGGCGACGUCUACAUCCCCCGCGACCGCUACUCCAAAGAGAGCCGCGGCUUCGCCUUUGUGCGCUUCCACGACAAGCGGGACGCCGAGGACGCGAUGGACGCGAUGGACGGCGCGCUCCUGGACGGACGCGAGCUCCGGGUGCAGAUGGCCCGGUACGGACGACCGCCCGACUCCCACCACAGCGGCGGCGGAGGCGGCGGCGGCGGCGGAGGCGGCGGCGGGCGGCGGGGAGGCUCGACCCGGAAGCACGGGGGCUCCGGCCGCCGCAGCAGAAGCUCUUCCCGCAGCCCGAGGCGCAAGAGACACAGCCGGUCCCGCAGCAGGAGCCGGUCCCGCUCCCGCAGCCGGUCCCACUCCCGCAGCAGGUCCAAGUCCCGCUCUUACUCCAGAUCCAAGUCCCACUCGCCCCGGAACAAGAAGGCCAAGGCCAAGUCCCAAUCUCGUUCCAGGUCAAGAUCCAAGUCCAAAUCCAAGUCCAAGUCCAAGUCUCGGUCCAGGAGCCGCACCCCGGCCUCCAAAAGAGAGUCCAGGUCCCGGUCCAAAAGCCCGCCCAAGUCAGCAGCGGAGAAUGGAGGUGACUCCCCGUAGAGCUCUGCACCGCAGCAGCAGAAUCAGGUGACGACAUCAGAACUUCUCCGACAGGAUCCCAACACAUCGCAACAGUGUCCAGGUUUAAAAGGUUAUUACUGUGUUUUACAAGCUUUCGGUCUGUUUCGUUCAUUUGGCCCCUCUUCCCCCAACAGCUUCUUCAUGACAUGUGAUUUUUAUUUCCUUUUUAUAUGAAGGUUUUUAUGAUUUAUAUCAAAAUGUGGAGGACGGUUUUGUUGCCGUGUUCUUUUCAGCUCCUCCCCCACGGCCUGUAUCAUGAAGCCAGUUCUUUCUUUCUUCAUUACAAACAUUCAUGUCCAGAUAUUGUUGGAAAUGUAGACGUUUGAUGACCUUCUGUCCGGGUGCGUGAUCCAGAUCCAACGUUUUCUGGCCCGUAUGGUAAAUCUCGGGUUGUGCUAGAUGGGACAGUGGCGUCGAUUAUAGUGGGACAUAAACAUCAUCACAAAGACCCAUUUACUUUCUCGUCCUGUUCAGUGUGAAGGGGAAAACAUCACAAGUGACAUAAACCAUCGUAAACACGAAAAUAAAUUCAUUUCACAGAUUUCAUUACAUUAAAAGUCCCUCAGAAGUUUCAUUAAACGUCUCCUGAUGCUGCGCACACCAAAACACAAAGCUGAUUUUUGCGUCGCCCGCACGAGUAACUCGAAUAAACACAACCUGACAACAUCAGUCUGAUUUUGGGAAAAUCUCACUCUCAUUGAAUUUUAUAUUUGCUCAAUAAGUCAACCCCGGCGAAUGACGCAAAUUCACAUCUACUUGCGUCGUCUUCAUCCCGCGGGGAAAAAGGUCCGUUUGGUGUCAACGCAGCAUCAUAAUGUUUGGUUGUCUUUAUUAAUGAGGACAGCCGUUCAUUUUUAACCCGACACACUAAACUUGAGUGCAGUUGUGAGGUGAAGGUCGUCGAUGUGGAGAAUGUUGUCAUGUCAGUAUAAAAGUCAUCAGAUAUUGGAAAGGAUAUUGUUUGCAGAACUGUAGUAGCUGUGUCUUCUGCUCUUUUUUUCAUUUAUUUUUAAAAAAAUCUUGAUCCUAAUCCUGCUUGUAUGUGUUUUUUGUGCACUAGGCGCAGUUGUGUAGCAGUUGAGUUUUGCUGGUUAGCUGUAAUGGUGGCGUGUUGCUCUGCGGAGUUCUUCUCCAGAAUGCUCCUGUGACUACCACUGGUACGCUCGCUGCAGUCUCACCUUUGUAUGAUCAAAAUGGUUUUUUUUUUUCUUCUUCCCAUGGUCGAUAAAUGUGACUUUCAUUAAAGAUUUAUUUGGUGUUUUGUUUA